AAGAAAGAGCAAAUUAAAUAAACAAAAGCAGGAGAGAACUGGAGCUCUCCUCCCGAUAGCAACAGUAUUAUUUUAGAGGUAAAAUGAUUCCUCCAAGCAACACUACUGAAGUCAGUGUGGAUAAUGUGGAGAAAGAAAAUGAACUGGAGAACACAGAUCAACCCCCCUCUCCAGCAUCUACUACCAGCCAGGAAUCAAAGCUCCAGAAACUGAAAAGAUCACUCUCUUUCAAGACCAAAAGCUUACGGAGUAAAAGCGCAGACAACUUUUUCCAGAGGACUAACAGUGACGUGAAAUUACAAGUUGAUUUGCUGCCUGAGGUGAGCACCAGCACCGGCCAGCUCCCCAGCUCAGAGAGCCAGACCUCCACACCCAUCAAACUCCAACAGCAGUCUGAAAGCAACCAGGUUCAUGUUUUCCAGGAGUACAUCUUCAAAAAACCCACCUUCUGUGAUGUCUGCAACCACAUGAUUGUUGGGACAAAUGCUAAACACGGACUGCGUUGUAAGGCUUGUAAGAUGAGCAUCCACCACAAGUGCAUAGACGGUAUUGGACAACAGCGUUGCAUGGGCAAACUGCCAAAGGGGUUUCGGCGUUACUACAGUUCCCCACUACUCAUUCAUGAACAGUUUGGCUGCAUCAAAGAAGUGAUGCCGAUUGCCUGUGGCAACAAAGUCGACCCUGUGUAUGAAACCCUCCGCUUUGGAACCUCCUUAGCACAGAAGACCAAGAGGGGCAGCUCUGGAAGUGGAUCUGAUUCACCCAAACGGAACUCUACUUCAGACCUGGCAGAAGUUCCUGAGGAAGCGGAUGGUUCAGGAAGCAUGUUUGAUAUAAACAGGAAACGCAGCAACAGUGUGUUUACCUACUCAGAAAAUGGAACAGAAGACUUCGGAGAAGAAUCAAAAAGGAUAAACUCCCUGGGACCUCUUUAUAAAGACACAUUACAAAUGCACACCUACGUUGCCUUGUACAAAUUUGUACCACAAGAGAAUGAAGACUUGGAGAUGAGACCAGGUGAUAUGAUCACACUGCUGGAGGAUUCUAAUGAAGACUGGUGGAAGGGGAGAAUUGAGGACAGAAUAGGAUUUUUUCCCGCUAAUUUUGUUCAGAGAGUGCAACAAGACGAAAAGAUUUUCAAGUGCGUCAGAACAUUUAUCGGAUGCAAGGAGCAAGGACAGAUUACUCUGAAAGAGAACCAAAUCUGCGUGACUUCUGAAAAGGAACAUGAUGGCUUUAUCAAAGUGUACUGUGGGAAGAAGAAAGGCUUUGUCCCCCUAGACGUCUUAGAAAUCAUCUGAUUUCAGCACUGCACUUGCUGCAGUAGGAAAGCUUUGCUGGCAAUGCCUGUCUGCCUCAUCUCACACUGUGUCAACCCCGCUGGGCCGUCUUGCAGAUGAUCAGGGACUAGUGAGACGACCACAGCAACAAAAAAAAGACACUUAGACUGUUACAGCAACAAGAAAUAAAAAGAUGAGGGUUGAUUAAAAGAAUAUACAUCAGGAAACCUCUAGGGGAAAAGGGGCCAAGGAAAGUAAAAGGAAUAAGGUAAGGAAUGGCUGGACUAGCUCAUUUUCAGUGCAAGAUGGCUAUUAAUUAUCCUGAUGGAGACAGACAGACACAGACAGACAGCUGUUCUGAAGGACUAACCUCAUACCUGCUCAUCUGUCUUAAAAAAAGCUGUUGGAGUAUGUUUUUGUUUGAAGUGUGAUUUCAUGGGGGCGAGGUUCAAACUGUCCUUGUAGUACAGUCUGAUCUUGUAGUAAAGUGUGACUGUGAUUCUAGAGUUUUGUCCACAGUAUUAGCCAAUCAGCAUAGCGUUUAAUCCCGAUGUCAAGUCUCCUAACAAAGCAGUUUGGAGGCACUGUGUAAACGUCAGUCUGAGAAGUUAAUGCACCAUUGUCUGGACGCCAACGGCUUUCUCUUUCUCUGUGCUCAGACUGUACAAAAGAGCAGCCAACUUCUACGUCCUUUGCUUUCUCUGUAUACAAACAAAACUCUUGGCACACGUGGGAUGUAACUGCUGCUCUGGUCGCUGACAAACUUAGAGUCCCUCCUGUUCAGAAGGCCAAGCUAGAAGUAUUCCUCUGUGAUUCCUUGCUCCUUUAUCUGGUGGCAGAGGAAGUGUCAGAAAUACAGAGCUGAG